UUCCAAUAUUAAUUAAGAAUUGAGUCCAAACACCUGGUCCAAAGAAAAAAACAACAAAAAAAUGACAAAAGAAAUUCAUUCAUUCAUAAACGUAACACAAUCUGAAUCAUUCAUCUUGGUUACAAUCUGAAAUGCCUCGAAAUGAAACUUCUCAAUCUCCCACCACCACUCUUCUUCUCCUCUUUCUCUACUCUCCCUCGUUCUUCCUCUUUCUCCCUCUCAAUCCCUUCUCACCCUCCGUUUAAUCCACUCCCUUCUUCCCACUCCACUUCUCUCCGUCGUCUUCGCUGCCGCGCCGCCACACCGGAUCCUCCUCCGCCACACAGCUCUGACCAACCUCCGGGAAACGAUUCAACGCAACUUCAAAAUGUUGGUGAAUCCUUAUCAAAAUUUCAAGAUAGGGUACAAAUCUUCUUUGCUGUUCUUUUCUGGAUGUCUCUUUUCUUUUGGGCCUCAGCUUGGGAUGGAAGGAAUAGACCAAACAAAGGAUCAAGAUUUAGAAAAUAAAAUAGUAAGCAUUUAGUUUGUAUAUAUAUCGAAUUAUUAUAAGUUAGAGGGAGAAAAUUUUACAUCAAUGGAAAAAUAAUUGAAAUGUGUUGAAUGAA